AAAAUAAACAAGUCGAUUUCAAACCAAGCCAAGAAAAAUAAUAAUAAUUUUACAGUGAAAAAGAGAAGAAGAAAGCAAAUUGCUUGCAAUCGAAGAUUUUAAAUGGGUCCUGAAACCUAUACCCCACCACCCACACCAGCACCGCCGUCAGCAGCGGCGGCGGGGGCGAUUGUACCCACCGGGGCGGUCAAAACAACAGCUUUGGCACCUGGGUUUCGAUUCCACCCAACAGAUGACGAACUUGUUAGCUAUUACUUGAAACGAAAGGUUGCUAAUAAACCAGUUCGUUUUAAUGCUAUUUCUGAGGUCGAUAUUUACAAGAACGAGCCCUGGGAACUUGCAGAUAAGGCAAUAUUGAAGAGUAGAGACCAAGAAUGGUACUUUUUUAGUGCAUUGGAUAGGAAGUAUGGAAAUGGAGCAAGAAUGAAUCGAGCUACGAUUAAAGGGUACUGGAAAGCUACUGGUAAGGACAGGGAAGUUCGUCGUGCUAACCAACUCAUGGCGAUGAAGAAAACACUUGUGUUUCAUAGUGGACGUGCCCCUGGUGGGCAGAGGACCAAUUGGGUUAUGCAUGAAUACCGUCUUGUUGAAGAAGAAUUGGAAAGACUUGGAUCCUUACAGACGGAUUCAUACGUGCUGUGUAGAGUGUUUCACAAGAAUAACAUAGGACCACCAAAUGGAAAUCGCUACGCUCCAUUCCUUGAGGAGGAAUGGGUUGAUGGUGAGACAGCUCUCAUUCCGGGAGAGGAUGCUGCUGAUGAUGGGGUUGCUGGUCAUGAUAAUGCUGAUUACAAUCGGAUUGAGCAGGACAACGGUUACUUCAAUCGAGAUCGAGAUCCUCUUAAUAUUAAUGAAAUUCCCAAUGAUUUUCAAACUCAAGACGAACUUCGCCGACAUGACUUACCUGUGUGCAAGACAGAAAAAAUGGAGGAUUGCCCUCCUUGUGUGCUUAAUACAGAAGCAUCCUUUCCCUUGCUCCAAUACAAAAGAAGAAAGCACAAUGUUGACUUUGUGCCUAACCAAACAAAUGCUUCACAGAACUCAACUAGGACAACUCAAGAUCCUUGCUCAUCCACAACAUCAACCGGAGCAACAACGACAACUACAGAGACAACAACAAUAACAGCAGCAGCUGCCGCAACAACAACUGCGAUAUCUGCAUUGUUGGAAUUUUCUCUGAUGGAGUCGGUUGAACCUAAAGAGAAACCCCGUGUUCCUACUCCAAAAUUUGAUUCUUUUGGUCUCGAUUCAACAGUGCCUCCUAGCUGUAUGAAGUUUAUCAACGAUUUGCAGAGUGAGAUUCAUAAGAUCUCCGUUGAGCGAGAGACACUGAAGCUUGAAAUGAUGAGUGCUCAAGCAAUGAUUAACAUCCUUCAAUCCCGAGUUGAUUUUCUCAGUAAGGAAAAUGAGGAUGUGAAACGCAGCAUUCGUGGUCCCAAGUAAGCACAGCAGCGCCUUUCUGCAGUCUAUCGUUGUUAUCCUGGCGUAUAAAUGAUGGAUCCCAGAUGCGAGUUUUCCCCUCAAGUCCUUAUGACUGGAGGGUAUGUAAAAUUAGGAUAUUAUUUCGUCAUGUUUGUUGAAUAAUCUGUGUCGUAGGAUUAUUGUAAUGCUGGAUUUACUUUCUGUAAUGACUAAUUUAGAGUGCUGCUUAAUCAGCUCGAGACCUUGUCUAGUAUUAUCAGUUGUAAUGUAUCGUCUUGUUAAGACCUUACAGCUUAGAGUGUUGUUAAUCUAUCUAGUACUUUUAUUC